UUUCACGCCUUUUGCUUCCCCUCGAACCCUCGCUCCCUCCCCUUCGUUUGCUUCCCAUCGCCUCCUCAGCUCCGAUCCCCUCGAAACGCCCCCAAAUUCCCGUCGCCCGAUUCCGAUUUCUGAUCGAAUCGUGUUGUCAUGCUCUACUCGAGGGGUCGUUUUCUCCGCUCGAGCUGACCGAAAUAGAUGCUGGAGCUGCCAGAUCACUCCCUUUGGUCACUCCGAAUUGGUUCUUAGUUAAGAGAAAGCUCCUCCUCUUUGAUUUUGACGUGAUUGGCAGUCCUUGGGGUCUACCACCGCCGGGAUUCGGUACCCAAAGGGCUUCCGACAUGGAGUUUGAUCCUUCCGAUAGCAGUGGAACUGAUGAUGAUCUUCCUCCGCCGCAUCAGAAUAGGGGUAUAAGAGGAGGACAAGUGACUGGUAAUGGAAGAGCAACUAUUGGCGCUAUUCCAUAUGGUAGAAUGCAGAAUGAUAUGGAAACCCAAAUACAUCGACUUGAGCAAGAGGCAUACAGUUCUGUUCUUCGAGCAUUUAAGGCUCAGUCUGAUGCCAUUACUUGGGAGAAAGAAAGUUUAAUAACCGAACUCAGAAAGGAGCUCAGAGUGUCGGAUGAGGAACAUAGAGAACUAUUAAGCAGGGUUAAUGCCGAUGACAUUAUUCGAAGAAUAAGGGAAUGGAGGCAAGCAGGUGGACUCCAAUCUGGGAUGUUUAAUAAUGUUCAACCAGAUGUACCUGUACCAAGUCCCACCAUCUCAGCCUCUCGAAAGAGGCAAAGAACAUCACAGCCUGUACCUUCGUUGUCCUUGGAUGCACCAUCUCCUGGUCUGCAAUCACAGCCUGUUGUGGCUCCCAUGCAGCCAUCAUCAUCAGCUGCAAAAAGGGGAACUGCAACAGCAGCCAAGGGAAAAAAACCCAAAUCAGCUCAGACGUUGCCUGGUGUAUCUUCGAUGAAGUCUAUGCAGUAUCCUUCUGCAGGUCCUAGUGGAAGAAGCCAAGUGGCAAGUAGGAAUUCUUCAGGUGCUCCUAUGAUUGAUCCAGCCAAAAAGACACCAUAUGAUCCACUAAUUGGGCGAAAGGUCAUGACUAGGUGGCCUGAAGAUAAUAACUUUUAUGAAGCUGUUAUUACUGAUUAUAAUCCAGUUGAAGGUCUUCAUGCUCUGGUUUAUGAUAUUGACACGAAAGAUGAGACAUGGGAAUGGGUCAAUUUGAAGGAUAUUUCCCCGGAUGAUAUACGAUGGGAGGGCGGGGACCCGGGUAUCAGUCAUCGGCCUGGCCAGGGUGGGGUUAAAAGGUCAACUGGCCGUGGUGGUGGCAUUCCAGGAGCAGGAAGGGGAAGAGGAACCAUGAAGAAUCAGGCUAAGAAACAGUUUCCUCCUUCCCAAAAUGGCAUCGGCAAGAAGCGUGCCGGUGACAUCGAGAUCCUUCACACCGAGACACUUAUAAAGGAAGUGGAGAAGGUUUUCGGUGCGAGCCAUCCUGACCCGCUCGAGAUCGAGAAGGCCAAGAAGUUGUUGAAAGAGCAUGAACAAUCACUGAUCGAUGCUAUUGCAAUGCUUGCUGAUGCAUCUGAUGGUGAGAGUGAAGAGGGCGAGCACCAAUUCCCGCACCAGCAAUCCAUGGGAUGGGGAAACCGGCGGCAGUACGGUGGGAACCAGCAAGCAGAUAAGUACCGUGGCGAUGACGUGACUGCCGGUGGAGGUAGAGAAGGUUCUGAUGGCGACCGUUUGGUUGGACAUGGUGACGAUGAUGACACAUAGAUUCCAUAUGCCAUUUGGUGUGUGGAAAAUUGCAGUCUCUUUCGCAAGAUAUUGAUCGCUGGCAACUUAACUGUAACCUCGUCUCAAGGAAAGCAUGCUGAGGAAUGUAGGAAUGUGCCUCUCCUUGUAAAUGCUUUUAGAACGGUUGCCGAUUAUUAACAUCCUCGCAAGGGUCGAAUGAAUGUGUGUGUUCUUUCUAAGUGUAACUCUUAUCAGAUUAUAUAACAAACUCCCUUUUAGCAGCA